AUGGUUGACGAUAAAGACGUCCUGAGCAAAAUGUUUGUCGGGGGUCUUUCCUGGGAUACCACCAAGGAAGGCCUUCAAUCUUACUUUUGCCGGUUCGGGGAAAUCGUGGACUGUGUCGUGAUGACCAACGAACAAGGACGUUCCCGGGGCUUCGGGUUUGUCACCUUCAAAGAUCCUCAGGUUGUGCAAGUCGUUUGUCAAGGAGGACCCCAUCGAAUCGAUAACCGAGUCGUGGAUCCCAAACCGUGUAAUCCACGCGGUGGGCCGGGGAAAGGCGGAGGCAAACGUGGACGAGGAUACCCUAAGAUUUUUGUUGGAGGUCUCCCAACAUCCCUGACAGAGAAUGAGCUGAAAAUGUUCUUCCAAGAGCAUUACGGGGACGUUUUCGAAGUGGUUAUCAUGUACGACCAGGAACGCCGCAAAUCAAGAGGAUUUGGCUUCGUGUCAUUUGAGAACGACGAUGCUGUUGACCGCGCUUGUAGGGACCACUACGUAUCCAUCAAUGGCAAACAGGUUGAAUGCAAGCGAGCUCAGCCACGCGAUGUGCUCGAGUCGAAGAUGGGCUCCAGCCAAGGAGGUUUGAGAGCACCCACUGGGGACUUCUACGGAUAUGGUAAUCCCGGACCUCGAGGCCCUCCUCAAGGACCCCCAGGAGAUUUCCGGAAUGGCAGCUUCGGCGGCUGGGGAGCUCCCGCGCAAGACGGACCACCGACAUAUUCCGGGGGAUACGGAGCCCCCCAGACCGCCCCCAGCGGAGCUUGGGGAGGACAUCCAGGGGCUGCACCCCCGCACACUGGCUGGAGCAGCUCCCAAGCUCCGACAAGCUACAAUCCCAGCUAUGGCGGACCAGGACCGACCGCUCCGACAGGAACAGCCGGCUACGGAGGCUACGCAGCUCCAGCCGGUAAUUACGGACCUCCGAGCGGUCCCGCUCCUGGACCAGCUCCGCCAGCGCCGGCCUACGGAGGAUACGGUGCACCGGGCGGACCCGCACCGGCCCCGCCUAACGGCUACAACGGAAUGGGAGGCAGCUACGGUCAGGACGCUUCCAGUUACGGACCAACGCGAGGCGCGUACGAUACCUAUGGAUCCGCCUAUUCGACCACGACAGCUCCGGGUACCGAGAGAGCUAAUGGAGCUCCGAUGGCACCUCCUGGAGCUGCGGGUUCCUAUCAUCCCUACAGGCGAUAGAUUCGGCUCGUAGGUGUACCUAGGUAGCAGGAUAGGUACAUGCCAUUGGAUAGGAUCGCGGAGAAAGUCGCGAACCCACAAGUAACAUCAACAACAUCAGCUACAACAAAAACAACGUACUACUGCUAACAACAUCGCGAGUAACUGACCAGAACGAGAGACAGCGCUGAAACCAGCGAGCAAGUGUUCCAUCGAUCGAGGAGAGGACUCUCGCAGGAAUUCCCUCCGGCAAACCAUCUCGAAGGAAAUCUCGCGGGGAAGAAACGACCGCCGGUGCUCUCGGAGAUCCAUGUCCCUGCCGAAGUGCAGAAUUAACGAGUCCUUCUCUCCCACGGCUUACUUCGAGAGUCCGCGUCGAGUCGAAGUCCCCCUGUGGAGCCUCUCUUCUAUUCGAGGAGAGACUACGGAGGAGGAGAAGGAAUGAAGAUGAAGCAACAGAGUGCGAGCGAGGCGACAUGUUCAUUUAUGAAGAUUAGACAAAACUACUAAUAAUAGAACGAGAGAUUUCAGUUAAGUGAGUCGACCAGUAGCUCGGCCUCGAGCGGGGCUGAGAACUAGAGUGCUCGACUGUUCUUUGUGUAUUCAAUAAUGAUUACCUAGAUGAAGCAGAUGAAACAACGGAUGACCAGUGAAAUGUAGAAGAUACGGGGAUGAUAUUCUUCCAUGAUGUACACGUGCGGCAAAUGCGGUCAUGCCCAGGAGGCUCACACGGCUUUAACAUUAAUUUCUUUGACAUCCAAUCGGUAGUCUCGAAGCAAUCGCUGAAAUUAGGGGAAGAAAUCAUACAAGCAUGUGUAGAAUCGAUAAUUGACACCGGUCACCCCGAUGACGGGAGCCUCUGGACAUGAGAGCUGCUCCCGAUCAAGCGACACGAGUUGUUUUCUCUUCGGAACCUCAAGACUUUGUGCUACGAUAUCAAUCAAAUAAACGUCCGAAAAAUCGUAAAUUU